AUGGCACACUAUCUUUGUUUCUUCUUACUAUUUUGUUUAAUAAUUUCCAUUGAAUCAACAAUCGGACCUGGUAGUCGCAAAGCACCAGUGCGUGCAGCCGAAAAAGUAGCAGCGACACCGCCGCCAUUGACUCGAUCGACUCCGCCUCCUUCUGUAUCAUCAUCAUUCCAAUCCUUACCACCAGGCAAAACUAAUGUUUUACAACGUAAUCUUAUACAAGAAAAUAUUGAUUCAAAAUCAAUUCUUGAAAAUUAUCAAUCAUAUUGCACAACAUGUUUAGAAACUCGAGAAUUUACUAACCCAACACUUGUUUAUAUAACCCCAUGGAAUUCUCAUGGUUAUGAUAUAGCAAAAAUAUUUACAAAAAAAUUUGAUUAUAUUUCACCAGUCUGGUUAAGUAUAAAACGAAAUGGUUUUGAAAAAUAUAUUGUUGAAGGUACACAUGAUAUUGAUAAGAAAUGGAUUGGCGCAUUGAAAGAAAAAAAUCCUAAAGUUCAAAUUGUACCACGUAUCAUAUUUGAGAAAUGGUCUGCUGAUGAUAUUCAUGCUUUAUUUCAAUCGGAGAAUGAAAAACAAGAAUUAGCAUCGACAUUUGCAACAUUUCUGAAUGAAAAUACAGAUCUAUUUGAUGGUUAUGUACUUGAAUUACUUGUUCAAUUUCGUGGUGCAUCAAAACCAACACUUAGCCAUAUCAUUACUGAUAUUGCUGAACGUGUACAUCAAAUAGAAAAUAAUGGCAAAAAGAAACAAAUUAUUUUAGCUGUACCACCAUAUGAUGAAUUGUUUAAUACAAAUGAUUUUGAAAUGUUAUAUGAACAUUUAGAUGGAUUUAGUGUUAUGACAUAUGAUUUUCCCAACAGAGAACCAGGGCCAAUUGCUCCAUUAGAAUGGAUCAAAGUGACCAUGGAAAAGUUCCCCGUUCCCGAAGGUGAAACUCAUAUCAAAGUAUUUCUUGGCCUUAACUUUUAUGGCUAUCGUUAUGAUCAAGCUGAAUUAUCAGCAAAAGCCGAUCAACAGCAAUAUGGAAUGAAACCUAUUGUUGGUCGAGAUUAUAUUGAUUUUCUUCGUAAAUCUUAUCCGAAAUCAUUCAUUGUUUAUGAUCCUCGUACAGAUGAACAUGCAACAGUUGUACAUGGUCAGCCAAUAAAACGACAACAACAACAACAACAACAUCCUUUACCACAAACAAUUAUAUUUUAUCCAAGUUUGAAAUCAAUUUACAAACGAUUAGAAUUAGCAAGUAAACUCAAUGUUGGUGUUGCCAUUUGGGACGGCGGCCAAGGUCUUGACUAUUUUUAUGAUUUAUUGUGA